CGGGAAUCUCUUUUCCGCGCUUUUCGUCGUGAGGAAGGUGGAUAUUGUCUGCGUCAGCCUUUGGCAUUUGAUUUCUUUGUUUCAUUAAGGUAUAUUUAAUUUAAUUUUGGAAAUGUUUGAGGCACGGUUAGUACAAGGAGCUCUUUUGAAGAAAGUUUUGGAAGCAAUUAAAGAUUUAAUCAAUGAAGCGACAUGGGACUGUUCUGCUACAGGAAUCAGUUUGCAAGCAAUGGACAAUUCCCAUGUUAGUUUAGUUUCCUUAAAUUUGAGAAGUGAUGGCUUUGAUAAAUUUCGAUGCGAUCGGAAUCUGUCAAUGGGCAUGAAUCUUGGCAGCAUGGCGAAGAUUUUAAAAUGUGCUUCUAAUGAUGAUAUAAUUACCAUCAAGGCCCAAGAUGAUGCUGAUACUGUCACACUCGUUUUUGAAUCACCCAACCAAGAGAAGGUUGCUGAUUAUGAAAUGAAACUUAUGAACUUGGAUACUGAACACUUAGGCAUUCCUGAAACUGACUAUAGUGUAGUUGUUAAAAUGCCAGCCUCCGAAUUUCAAAGAAUUUGUCGAGAUUUAAGUCAAAUUGGAGAUUCUGUCAGUAUUGCAUGUACCAAAGAUGGCGUUCGUUUCUCUGCUAGUGGAGACUUAGGAACAGGAAAUAUCAAGCUUUCUCAAACUGCUAAUAUUGAUAAAGAGGAAGAAGCUGUCAUCAUUGAGAUGCAGGAACCAGUUUCAUUGAAUUUUGCUCUCCGUUAUUUAAAUUCUUUCACAAAGGCUACGCCACUUGCUGCACAAGUUCAGCUUUCUUUGUCACCAGAUGUUCCCCUUGUUGUGGAAUAUAAAAUUGAAGAAAUUGGCUACAUAAGGUACUAUUUGGCUCCAAAAAUCGAAGAUGCAGAUGAUUAGUUUUUAGACUUCUGCUACACCUCUGAGGAUUCGAUUUUUAAGUGUCUUUUAUGAUACUAUCAUCAUUGUGUAAUUACAUGUAAAAGAAAUCAGUGUGUAAUAAUUAUUAAUUUGUGCAUUUAAUCAUUUGAUAAAACAUUAAAUAAAUCAUUUGAAUGCUUGUA